AUGAACGAUAUAACGAGUUAUGAUUCGGAGUCUGCCGAAUCCAAACAGCCAUUACUUGGUUACCAAAGUCAACAACGCGGAACUUCCCAUUGGCCCAACUUUGGUACAAUGAAGCCUGCUGACGUCUACGGCCAUGGAGGACUCCAAGAUAGCGAAUCAUCAGUGCGAGCUCUAAGCCCAUUCAGAUUAUUGUGCCUGACGAUAAGUAUGGGAGGUCUUCAAACGAUAUGGACGUCAAUAAUGGCGCAGGGCUCUCCAUACCUUGCCUCGCUCGGCAUGAGUCCGUCUCUCAUAUCACUUGUGUGGUUGUCUGGCCCGCUGUCAGGAAUGUUCAUUCAGCCCUACAUCGGUGUGUUAAGUGACAAUUGUACCUUUCAAUGGGGUCGCCGGAAGACCUUUAUUGUAUUUGGAACGAUUGCCACAAGCCUGUUUAUGGUGGCCCUUCCUUGGACGAGCAAUAUGGUGGAAUUCCUAUUCUCAUGCUUUGGUGGCAACCCAAUGGGACCAAAUUCAAAAGCUGUGACAAAGUUCGUGGCCGCCAUGAUCAUUUCCUUCCUGAAAAUAUCACUGCAGCCGGUUCAGUGUGGGAUUCGAGCGCUUAUCGUUGAUUGUUGUCCGGAAGACCAACAACACCAGGCAAGUGCAUAUGCCAGCCGAGUUAUUGGUGUUGGAAGUAUUCUUGGAUACUGCAGCGGAUUCAUAAACUUCCCUACCAUAUUUCCCUUUUUGGGCAAUACUCAAUUCCAAGUGCUAUCUGUGCUGUGCUGUGUCUGUCUAGUGCUCACUGUUCUGCUACAAUGUAUGACUAUCUAUGAAAAGAAGUUGGACUACAAACCCGCACACCGUAAUCAGUCUGUUGGUGUAUUUGGACCAUUAAAGCAGGGGUUUCUAACGGCAUCAACGAUGCCGAAACGCAUCAGGAGUAUCUGUAUUGUACAAUUCUUUUCCUGGUUAAGUUGGUUUUCUUUCAUGUAUUAUAUCACCACUUAUAUCGGAGCAUUAUACCGCCAGGAAACCUCCGCCACUACCGGUACCACCACGAUUGAUCCCACCCGCUUCGGCACCGUCUCCAUGCUCGCCUUUGCCAGCACCUUCACAUUCGUAAGCCUCACGCUCCCGCGCUACGUCGCAACGGCCUCCGGAACCCCAUCCCAUUUGCCUCACACCACGGAGCCUCUCACACUACCCAGAGCAUGGCUGAUCGCCCACCUGCUUGCCGCCUUCUCCUUCCUUCUCCUCGGCCUCACGGACUCCAGCGUCUCUGCAACGUUCCUGACGGGUGUCCUGGGCACGUCGUGGGCGCUCACUCAAUGGGCCCCGUUCGCGCUCAUUGGAGAGGAACUCGCGAAGAUCCGGCAACAACCGCUGCGGGGACAUGAUCGAUCGUCUAAGAAAUCAGACAUCGAAAAGCUAGAUGAUAUCACGGAGGCGGAGAGCCAAACCGCGCUCAUUCUUGGAAUUCAUAACUUAGCGAUAUCGGCACCCCAGAUUGUAGCGGCUGUCGGAAGUAGUUUGAUUUUCUGGCUGCUUGGUCUAAUGGGUGUUGUAGGAACGGACGCGAUUGGGUGGGUGUUGAUGUUUGGCGCUGUGCCGGCUGGUAUGGCUGCUUGGUGGUCUAUGGCUGUGUGA